UAUUCUGAUCAUCCAUCGUCGGUGUCAGCAGUCAAACCUGUAGGCUGUCGUCUCCCCUCCUCCCCUGUGCGCCUGCGCUACCUCUCCUCCUCCUUCUCCCUUGAUUACUGAGGCUCCGUUCUCUACCGGACCGCUCAUCGGACGACAUGCACAGAACCAUGUCCGGGGCUUCUCACAAGCAGAGAUAAAGGGCCGCGCAGGUGUGGACACCGGAAGCCUGGACCGGAUAAGACCGCCUGUUGUCCCGCUACACAUCUCGCCAUGGAGAGCGUCUGAUCACGACGGGACGCCUGCUGGAGAGCUCAGUCAUUUUUUCGUCGUCACAUCUUGGAAUUGGGUUUAGGUAUCUGGAGGCCGACCAUGUCUGCGCGAGAGAAGGGGAUCCCGACCAAAGACAGUGUCAGCCUGCUGCCCUGUUUCUAUUUUGUGGAGCUGCCAAUCCUGGUGUCUUCUGUGGUCAGUCUGUACUUCCUGGAGUGGACAGAUGUGUUUAAGCCGGUGAAGUCUGGAUUCAACUGCCAUGACCGCAGCUUGAGCCUCCCCUACAUCGAUCCCAACCAUGAGGUCAUCCCCCUUCUGAUGCUGCUCAGCCUGGCUUUCGCUGGACCAGCCAUCACAAUUAUGAUUGGGGAGGCCAUCCUAUUCUGCUGCAUGUCUCGGAAGAAGAGUGGUGCUGGGGCGGAGGCUAACAUCAACGCUGCUGGCUGCAACUUCAACUCCUUCAUACGCAGAGCUGUCCGCUUCGUUGGUGUCCAUGCAUUCGGUCUCUGUGCCACGGCCCUCAUCACGGACAUCCUCCAGCUAAUGACAGGCUACCCAACACCCUACUUCCUCACUGUGUGUAAACCCAACUACACCACGCUCAACAUCAGCUGUGAGCAGAACCCCUACAUCAUGGAGGAUAUCUGCUCAGGGGCUGACCCUGCAGCCAUCAACCAGGGCAGAAAAUCCUUCCCAUCGCAGCACGCUACCCUCGCAUCCUUCGCCGCUGUCUAUGUUUCGAUGUACUUCAACAGCACUCUGACGGAUUCAUCCAAGCUGCUCAAGCCCUUGCUGGUCUUCUCCUUCACUAUCUGUGCCAUCAUUUGUGGUCUGACCCGGAUUAUUCAGUACAAGAACCAUGCUAUUGAUGUCUACCUUGGCUUCUUGCUCGGAGGUGCUAUUGCUGUCUACCUGGGCUUGUAUGCAGUUGGAAAUUUUCAGCCAAGUGAGGAGGCCAGCACCAGCCCCCCUCCACAGAUUCACCACCCCCCCUGCUCCUUGCCCCACAUAAGCCAGGAGGCUGUACUCCACCACCUGCAAAUGAAAGCAAGCAUGGCCGGUGAGCCGGGCAUGCACACCUCCCAUUCUGAGGGCCUUCUUCAUCGAGCCCUUCAACAGCAGAGACCUGAGGACAGUCUGAAGCGCUCUAGUGCAGAUGUCGAGGUGAUCUCCCCCCGCAGCCCUGUGAACAAAGAUGCCAUGGUGACCUUUAGUCACACCCUACCUCGGGUCCACACCCCCCAGGCCAUGGCAGCAUACGAGGAAGCUGCCAGACGUCACGCUGCCACCCUCCACCAUGCCUCCAUGGACUCCAGCCGCUCCAAGCAGCUUCUGUCUCAAUGGAAAAGUAAGAACAGCAACCACAAAUGCUCCCUGCAGGUCCCCGACUCCUUCUCCUCCUCUGUAGACUCGUCAUCUGGUCAGUCCUCCCAGCAUCCACAUCACCAUGGCAGCAUGGAGCUCAGGUCUAGCUCUGAGCCAUCAGCUAUGGGUCUGAAUGGAGGCUUUGAUAGCCAUGCAUACAUGUCCAAACUGGCCACAGGUACAAGUACUACCCUGCCCAGUAACUGUAGUGGUAUCACCGGAGGUACCAGAAUAUCCAUGCAAUCUAGACCUGGGUCGUCGCAGCUGGUCCACAUACCAGAGGAAGCUCAAGAGAAUUACAACACCAACUCCCCUAGGAUGAGGGUUGUAGGAGGAAGCGAGGGGAUGUCAACAUUAAAUAGUACAGCUCAAGCUAACUGGCAAAGAGCAGCAGAGAAGACAACAGCCUGCAGGACUGACAAUAACGGGCAGAACACCCAGCCACGAAUCAUGCAAGUGAUUGCUAUGUCCAAACAGCAGGGCCUACUACAGACCCACUCCAAGAGUUUAGAUGAGAGCAGCAUUGGCUGUGGCACCAAUGGAAGUUGCCAGGGAUCUACUCGCUACAGAGCGCUAACUGAUCAAGACCCCACCAACACCACAGGUCCCAGUUCACUGGGUAGUACCACAGGUAGUAUUUCAGGGAGUACUGGAGCAAUCAUCAGAGUAGAAGCCCACCCUGAAAACAGCAAGCCAGUGAUCCAAGCUCCAUCCACAGAUGGAAGCGGAUCCUGGAGAUGGCGGUCCCUGGAUCAUGGCACUGGGGUUGGUGGAGGUACAGGGACUGGUGGACCAGGAGGGGGAGGUGGAAGUUUGAAGCAAUCCUUUGACCUCAAUGAUUUAAACAGAGAUUCUGAAAGCUCAGACUCGAUACGUGAAGGGUCCAUUGACAGGAAGCGUGCCAAUCACAUCGUUACCACCACUGCCACUGUUAGCACCCCUCCUAUAGUUACUGUUCACACCCAGAGCACUGGCCAGUCCGAACAGAGGCUCCACCCGCAGGGACUCUCUACCAUAAGGGUGACUCCUGGGGAUGGUAGUGGUUCUGGAUCCGGUGGAGGUGGUGGGGGAGGGGGUGGUGGAGAAACCGGUUCAGAGACCCCCUCAAUUACCUCCAGCCGUGAGUCCACACUGCAGAGAAAAGGCAAUAACAUCAUCCUGAUUCCAGAGAGAGCAAACAGUCCUGAUAACGCCCGAAACAUUUUCUACAAGGGAACAUCAAUAACCCCUGUUUUCAGAGACUAACAUACUAACACGAAAAACAUAUGAAGAAGAUGUAGCUACUAAUAAAAGACAGUUGGAUUUUCAGUGAACCCUUUAUCUGUGACAGCAGUUAAUAUUAUCUGUAUAUAUAUCAUUAUAACUUUAAAAGAAAAGGUUUUAAUCAGCAUGCCAUUUUUUUUAUGUCUUUACACUCAAUCACAACCUUUUACGUGCUGUAGAAAUAAUCAUUGUGUACUCUGUGGUCACUCUAAGGAAAACCUAAUGUAGUGUCGAUGCUGUGCCAGUGCUUUGGGAAAAGGAGAACUUUUUUAAACAGUUCUGUAUGUUUUUGAUAUAAAUCAUCACAAAAAAAGAAAAAAAAUGCACAGUAGCAUUGAAACUGUAGCAAAAGCAGCAAAUACAGCAAAAAAAAAGUAUCAUAGCUGUGAAACCACUGUUUACUUCCCCACACUGUAAAUACUGUGUAUGUUUGAAAAGGGUGCUACAUCAGAAAAAUGCUAUUUCCGAUAAAACAUAUUUGAUUUGAAUAGAUAGAUAAUUAAUUAUUUUACAAAGAGUGAACAACAAUGACAUUAAUAUGUCACAGAGGUAUGUUUUCUAUUUUGUCUCUUACUGUACAGAUACCACAUACUCAACAGAAUACUGUUUUAAACCAUAAGUGUGCUUAGCAUUCCUUCUGUAGCUAUGAAGUCAAAUAUGCUGUGACUUGCACUGAAAUACGCGUUUACUGUACCUUGUAUACUGUAAACCCUGACCUUAUCUUUAUAUCCUGUACUUACAUUUGAUGUCCAUCCCAUAUCUACAGCACAAAAAGCAGAAAAACAGUGGAACGUUAUACUUAUUUAUAUCACAAGAUAAUUAGUACAUUGUCCUUAAUCAAUGCAAUACUUGACCUCAAGCUUCCCAAAUGAAUUUGGCAGGUUUCAGUGUGCUUAAAAGCUCCUUGUAGUUUUCUGAUGAACAUGUUGUGAAAUAUACUUGCUGCUGUCAAAUCCACAGCCAAAUGCUAAGUUGAACAGAGUCACAAAGUGGGGUAGUUAUUUGGGGGGCAACUUGGGAUCUGAAAUAAAACCAUGUCUAUGCAUUUUUCGCACUGAAAUGACUGGCAAACUGGCACUACUGGCAAACACUUAAAAGGCUCGGAUGGGAUAUGACAGUGUUGGGCAAGUUACUCAGGAAGUGUAACAUGUUCCCUUUUUUACUUAUUGCUGCAUUAAAAAGUAAUCCAAAUACUUUACUUACUACUUGGUAUCGAAAGUGAUUAGUUAUGCUCAUUAACAUUCUGUAUUACAUUUACAAAAAUAUCUACUACUAAUAAUAAUACUACUGAUAAUAAUGAUAAUAAUAAUAACAAUCUCCUCCAUGUUAUAACUUAGCAAUGAGCUACUUUAGAUCGUUUCCAUUUAGCGCCUUCCACAACUGUGCCCUGCUCUGAAAUCCAGUUUCUGUUGUUAGCAGGAGUACACGCUGCUUCACGGGCAGUAGACGUCUCACUGUCAGCACCGGUGUGUUUUUUUGACAAGCUUCACUCAGCUUUACUACCAUGUCAGAUGCUUCGUUAAUUUGGAUGUCACUGUUUUUUCAUGGAUGAAAGCAUAUUAUUGCUUGCGCAAAUUCUGCAACAAACCACAAUGUUCUUGUCUAUCUUCAACGGAGAUAUAUUCACUGAUACUGACCGGUCUGUCCCAUCCAACCUUCAGCUUUUUGCUAGCAAUGGACGUGACCUGCCCUGACCUGCUGCACAUACACAUCACCAUAAGACAACCUACAUAGGACAAAAAACAUAUUAUGUUCUGGCAGCAAUACAUUACUUAACAAUAGUAACUGUGAUAUUAUUACCGAUUUUGAAAUUAAUUCCUUACACAGCAUGUUACUAGGUAAAGUAAUAAUAUUACUGCAAUAUAUGAUUGCAUAAUGGGUUACUGUCCAACACUGAAUAUGAAAUGGUCCCAGUCGAAUCACUAAAAGAUAAACAACUGCCAUAUCAACCCAAAAUAAGAACAUUUCUCAUGAACAAAGUUGAAAUAAUGAAAUUAUGGCCAAAACAUAAACACACUAAUGCCUCCCAUGUUUCUAUGGUGAGGGGACUGAACAUCUGGGAAGAGUAAUUUAUCAUAUGGAAUACAUAUGUCCGUUUUAUCUCUGUGUUUGCAUCAGGGAUACUUGGUUGGUUGGUUGUGCAUAGCCUAGCUUAGCAUGAAGAGCUAGCUGUCUCCAGUGCUUUUACCAGGUGUUGGUGUUCCAAAUUUAGAAAUGUUGCUUUGUUAUGUUACACAAGUUGCUGCAAGGUUUUUUCCACAGUUUGUGUAGGCCAUCUGUUCCCCCCGUCUUUUUGCUAAGCUAAGCUAAACGUAUCAUGGUUCUAUUUUUGGACUGAAUGCACAGAGAUAACACGGAUAUUGGUCUUCUGUUCUGACUCUGGUUCAGCUAGCAAAGUAAUGUAUUUCCCAAAAUGUUGCACUGUUUUCUAAUCACCUCUUUCUUAAAAAACAAAACAAAAUAUUAAAAACAUAUUUUUUAUCCUAGUUAUUUUAAGCAGAAUGCUCUGUAAAUCACAUUGUGCUUACCAUAGUAGCACAAAUAAACUUGAUUUGUCGUAGCAUAUAUUUAUAGGUGCUACAUGUAGCAUUUGACAUAAAUAUACAACAUUGCUGUUAAAUUAAUACCCCAGUCUAAUUAUCAUCAUCAGAAGAAAGCCUUUUGGCAUCAUAGGCUUUGCUGAUCAGAAUAAGCCUGUUUCAUGUGAUUUUUGCUGGGAUUAGCAGUCCAUCAUCUGUAAUAUAUACUGGAAGAGAAGCACCUUUUUCCAGCUUUGAGCUGUAAUUUCCAUUUGUGCCAUAUAGCAACCAGCAGACUUUCUACCAAAUCCAACCUAGUGAGUCAAAUGUUAUGUAGAGGCCAGUAGAGGCUGCCAGUUCUCCAAGAAUGACUAGUCUGUUUAAGAUUGAAGUUGUCUCAUAUGAUUUUUGUUGAAUGAGUACAUGAGGUUAGUGACAGUUUCUCAGUUGAGAAAUGCAAAAUUGUUUGCCAACAGCAGUUUACAUUAUGAAGCAUACCAUUAUUAGCCUAUCAGUGGUUAUAUAGGCAUUCACUAUAUAUAAUUUAACACCCCAAUUUUGGCACCAAAUACAAAUAUUGUGCCAAAAUGACUGUGAGAAAAUCUGCCAAAGCUAGAGUUUUUCAUUGGAAGAGAUAUUAACUAUCAGAUGUAAUUUUCAGUAUUUGUAUAGCAAGCUUGCAUUAUAUUGUACAUGAUAUUUCUAUACCCCAUGAACAUCUGCAUGGUCACUUUUAUAUAGUCAAUAUCAAGAUUUUUAUCAGACGUAUUUCAUAGUAAGAGUUAUAUGACAAUCUUUUUUAACCAAGUACUGUUGCCCCUUCAUGUGAUACAGGCUCUUUGUGUUUUUAACCUAACUGAAGCUGCCACACACUCUGCAACAUAUUCAUUUCACAAGUGUACAUAAUUUAGCAAACAUGUAAAAAAAUAUAUCUGAGGUUUGGAUUCAGCUCAAUCAGUCACUGAAACAGAAAAUAUUUAUUUUAGAAGGAAUUCAGGUGGUUUCAAUGUUUUAAAUACAGUUUUUUGUGUAACUGUCAUCUUUUGAGUGUGUCCGUGCCUCAAGCACUUCACUGCACCUCAGAAUCAUUUCUUGUGGCCACUUUUAUCCCAAUGUUUAUAGGUACACUAGUUUCAAUCUCUCUUAACAUUUCUAAACAUGAAACAUUAGAGAAACAUUGUUCUGGUCCCAUCCAAGAUUUAAUUUUAGCUAGAAUUAUCGAAUGUUGCUGUCUUUUCACUGUAGACAUGCUGUCCUGCUAAGCCAUUAGUUGCAUUCCCAACUGUCUCUCUGAGGUGCAUUUUAGAGAGACAGCUUCCCUAUCAAAUAAACACUUACACACUGCAUGAAAAGUGGGAUUUUCGUCCCUGUAAAUGCCUGGAAAUCUCCCUUACUUUCGGCAGUUAACAACAAUUUACAGCCCAUGAACGUCACAUUGGUCUGUGCCACAUAUUGACAGAAAGGAACCAUGACAUAUGUGGAGCUCACAGGGGUGCUAAUGGUUCCAAUUAGCAUAUGAAUAGCAGCAAAACCACAACAGAACAACAGUUCACAGUGCAUUAGUGAUAAAACACUGCUCCACGCCAUUAACUCUCUGCUUCUUCUUCCUCAUGCUCCGGUCUACCCAGAAGUGUAAAAACUCUGAAAGGUCAUGAUCUCUCACAUGUAAUAAGAAUUGCUUUUCAACUUCAUUUAAAACGUUCAGAACCCAUAAAAUUAGAUUUUAAAGUCACACAUUUUAAACAGAAAUGAUUUAUACAUUUUAAUAUCCUGUUUAUCUCAAAAUAUGUCAUGCAAAUUUUAACUUCUUAAGAACUGGUGUAAGAACUGGUGUUUUGUCUUUAAUUUGUUCCCAGGAGAGAAACAUUGAAUAAAUAAAUAAUUUUGUCUAUCUUUUUUACAUAGCAUUGGCCAUAGCUAAUGACAUACACAGUAAUUAAUCUAGCCUACUUUCAUUAAAUAAAUCAAUUCAAGCUAAAAUUAAAGAGUCUAUAAUUAGGCUAUACUGAGCCUGAUAUAUUUAUACCAGAGAUUUCCUUAAAAUUAAGUUAAUACCUUUCAGAAAAAUGUUACCUGGGAUAAAACUCCCCCUACUGCCUUAAUUUGCAUUUGUAUAGCUCACAGCAUUUUCAUUUACAUUGUAAAGCCUCCCCUAGAAUUAGGGGGAGGAGGGUCAUGGGGGGACAAAUGCCAAGCAAGGCCUACGUCAAUUUCCGACAAUUUACGGCAGUUUUCGGUGUUGCCUGCAAAUUGCAGUGUGCAGUCGUAAACCUGAACUUCCACGACAAUGUGCAGUGCCACGUACUGACGAAUUUCCCACUUUUCAUGCAGUGACACUGGUUACCACACAGCACGAUACCUGAUUCAAGCUUAGAAAGAUAUGUAUCAGUGGCUCAGCCUUGAGAGUGAAAAAUCCUAUUCAGUUGUUUUCUGUCAGAACUUAUGCCUGCAUUAUACAGUCACAAUCACAAAUUAUAUGAUAUAAGCAUGAUAUAACUGAGUAAGAGUUAAUGUUUCUUCAGGGGAAACCACCUCUCCCAAAUUAUCUUUUUUUAAUGCAACGCUACAUGGAUCGGAAUAAAGACAAUUAUGUGAUACAACAUUUGUAAUAUAUUUUCCUUUUGACUUUACUUUUCUUAUUAAAAAGACCAAAACCAAGACUGUGUUAGUCCCUCUGCCAUUACUCUCUGAGUUCUCUCUGUGGCUUUUAGUCCCAACCCUAUUGCUUCUUACUGGAAACCAGCGCAAAAUAUAGUUUAAUUAAAAAGGCUCUGUAAUUUGGGGACUAUGAGUUAAGCCAAGAAAAAAAUACACGUUUGCAACAUCUCCUCAUACUGAAAUAAUUGAAUAGGUUGAUGUCAGCAAUUUCCACAAUUACAUCUAUCAUCAUUAAGAUACAUUCCCAAAAAAAUUUGCUUUAACUAUGCAUUUCUGCCUGUCAGGAAUCUCCCAGGAAAGUUAGGCUGACUGGGCAACCUAGUCAGGCUGAGACACCAUUUCUAUCUGAUUUCAGGGUGUUGGUAGGCUCAAAUAACUAUGUUAUUGUGGUAAUCACUAUAGUAAUAUGAAGAUACACACACAGACAUUAAAAACACACACAAUACUUGUUUAUUAGGAUGAAUUCAUUGCUGGUUUGGGUCUUCAUGUAAGAUUGAUAACAUCGAGAGAAAUGACACAGAUUUAUCCUCAAUUGUUCUCUUGUGCUCUCUUACACUGAAACAUAACCCACAGACUAAUGCAAAUCAAUAAUUGGCCUAUUAAACUGAUAUCUUUUUGGCUGUUAGUAACAAAAUCCAAUAUAGGACUAAAUCACUGACUGAACUACAUUCUACUGAUGAUUUCUUAAGCUGUGGAAAACAUAAACCUAUCGUAGAAUUUUAAAGGAGCCUCUUUACGGUGAACAAACUAUAUCAGCAAGAACAAACAUUUGUAGUACAUGUAGUACAUGAUAUAUGUGAAACCAGCCUGUAUGAAAUCAUGUUGUCAUGUCUAUCUUUACAAAGUACACAGCCUUAACAUUGUCCAUACUCCCUUUAGGAUGGCACAUAGAAAUGGCAGAAAUCCCCCCAGGAGUAACAUAUCUAACAUAUCAAUUGGAUAUAAAGAAAGAAUAUAUGCCGAGGAUAUUUAUAUUGCAUUGUUUUUAACGAUUCAUCUGAUUUAGAGUCUGUCCAUAAGACCUGUGAAAUCAAAGAGUGUAAUGUGACACAUGAGUAGAAAUGUAGAUCCAGUGGGUAGAAUUGUGAAUGGAUGCUCUCUGCAUGUAUAGCCUCUUGUGUUGUCCCCUGAUGACUAAUUGUUUUGAUACUGUGAUCAGCUGUAUGCAUUCUAUGCAGCAAGAAAAAAAAAAUCAGAAAUAUAAAUGUCUCAAUAGUUACAUUUUUGUGUAACAGUGAGAAUAGCAAAGUAUUGAUUGCUUAAAGACAGUUGAAUCUAGCAGUCACACUAAGUAUUCAGAGCACGUUGAUCAGGGUAGAUGACAAAAUUGUGCAUUGUCUAUAUGAUUGGAAUAAAUGUUUG